GUGCGGUGCAGAUUUUCAUGAGGAUUAAUGUCGAUUAGGUAAAACAGAAUGCGAUACAUUUCCUUCGUUAGUUCUAUAUAUCCAACACUCAUGGGACUCUCAAUCAUGGGGACCAGAAGGGAAUUCCAUCCUUUUAAAAAGGGCACAACUGUUUAGGCGAGGGUUGAGAUCAUUAACGUAGUACCAAGAGUAGGAUCUGUUUAAUGGGAUCUUUUGUAAAGCUUUAUAUCGUUAUGGGCCCGCGUUCGCAUCAUCCUACGUUGGUGCGAUUUGAGUUUCAAAUGAUAUGCCAUUUAUUUUUCACAAGUGAAAACUUUUUCUGGCGUUUAGUUCAUUCCUUAGGGCAAACCACUUACUGAAUAUGGGUUAGUUGAGGAAAAGUGAAAUCCAUCCUCUGAGGUUUGAAGUGCCUUUUCAAAGAACGAUCAAGCACUGGGCUGUCAUUUUCUUGCAAAAGACAGGAUCACGCCACAGCUUACGUGACUCGCUUUUUUUUUUCAUGUUGGUGGUACAUUAUGCGUCGUUUUUUUUUCUGCUAUUAAAGAUGAGGAUGGAAAAGCACUACAGAGGCGUUUCUUUUGAUUUGCUUUCUCCUUUACUACGGUAAAUGUUUGGCUACAAUGCAAUGACCACUCUCGCCCCAACAGAGGCUAAGUUUACUUAAGCUAUAUAAUGGUAAGAGGGUCGAUGCGUCGUGGGAAAUGAAAACUCCACUGGUUACUUUCGUGCGAAUGUAGGAAUCCAACAACAACGAAACUGUGUAUUUGGAAUUGUAUAUUCUCACCACUGUAAACGUCUACAUCAAAUUUUAAAAGCAAACUUGUGCUUGACUCUUCGGUCAGACUCAGAUUGGAGCCAUUACCUUAGCUUCAUAUUAAUAUUCAACGUCAUUUUGGUCCAUUCUUUUAUUCUUCCCAUUUCUUUAAAUAGCCUUUUUUUUGCGCGUUUGUUUACGCCCUCUAAUUCAUGUUCUUUUCUUCAUCCUAAAAAGGAUACACGCUCACUUAUUAUCAACUCAAAAACCUAGACCGAUUUUUUACCACCCCCUAUUGCUUUUUGUUCAUCAUGGAUGAAAGUAGCAUAUUCAAAGAUGUGGACGAAGAGGAGAGGACUUCUCUGAGUAACGUCAACUCGCAUAACUUCCGAUCCUUCCCCACUUCGCUGCAGUCUUCCAUUAGUUCGCGGUGCUUUUAUAGCUCCGGGGAUGCUGGUCCUCAACCCGCGCGUGAGGCUCUUUUCGGCGUCUCAGCGGAAGGAGGGCGGGCAGGGACGCAUCGGCCAUCUUGCGUGAACGUCGAGGGGCCCCCCCUUCCUCCUCUAUCCAGCGUUCAACCUGUCCAAGGACGGAGUCCGUUUGGGCAGUCCCCCGGGCCUUCUGCGGUGCUCUCCCACGACCUCAUCUACGGCGCACCCGCGUUGGAGGGCAGUGAAAAAGCUCACCAUGGCCCGUUUGGGGUGGCCCCCACCGGCAGGAGCGAUUCCGAUACGGAGACCAGCGUCGUCUCCGGGCCGAGCUCUCCGCAGCUGGACUACCCCGGCGUCGCGAGCGGAGCCAAACGGCAGACGGUUCACAAUCGAAUUUUCAGUCAACACACGGGGGAUACCACCGCCUCCGAGCCCAACCAGCCCUUCGUGGACGAGUUCGGGUUCUUACUUGGCGAGGAGGCACGGCUGAUGGAUCAGCUUUACCGGAAAAAAAACGAUGGGACCAAGACGAUUGGGCUGGAGAAUAAGUGGGUUAGCAUGACAGCGGAUUGGGAUUACACCUACAACAAUAUGCGCAACAAACUCAAGGAACGCUGUCGUAAGGGAAUUCCGACGAAGUUGCGUGGGGUUUCAUGGCAACUUUUAAUAGGAUCGCACGCGAUUCUGAAAUCUCCUGAGAACUCUGGGGUUUACACUAUGUUGUGCAACAAAACGCUUAAAGACAAGGAGGUGGACCUCUGCAUCGAGCGCGACCUCGCGCGGACUUUUCCCAACAAUAUCUUGUUUCAAGAGGAAGGCGGUGCUGGGCAGAUGUUUCUGCGGAAUGUCCUCCAUGCCUAUGCAGCGUGUGAUCCAGAGGUGGGCUACACUCAAGGGAUGGCCUUUCUUGUGGGUGCACUAGCCACGCAGAUGGAUGAAGAGAGGUCUUUCUGGGCUCUCCAUGAGAUGAUGCACCACGAGCGAUACCGGAUGCGUGAACUUUUUAGGCCUGGGUUUCCCAUGCUAAAGCAGUUCUUCUAUCAGCUGAAGAGGCUUCUUGCUCGUUUGCUUCCCAAGUUACACGAACGAUUUGAGCAGCUCGGCGUGGACCCAUCUUUUUACGCAUCACAGUGGUUUAUGACUCUCUUUGUUUAUCACUUCCCUUUCCAUGCCCUGCUUCGUAUCUGGGACAUCUUCUUUAGUGAAGGCUGGAAGAUUGUGUUUCGAACCAGUAUCGCCUUGAUGAAGUGGGAAGAAAAGCGACUCCUCUCACUGCCCUUUGAGAAACUGUUGCCAUCUCUGAAGUCAUUACAAAAUUGUAAGGAUUGCGGUGAGCUUUUGUAUCGCGCGCAUCGUGUUAAGUUUAAGACGUCGGAGUUGAACAAAUACGGGAAUGAAUACUGGGAAAUUGUCGACAGAAGUCAGAUGACGUAGAGAGGGGUAUAACCAAACACGGAGUUGAAAGCAAAAUACAACACGCUAUAUCAAAUUUCGAUCAUUUCAACAGGUAUUGGAGCUAUCUUCUGAAUAGAAAGAAACGCUAAUAUUUAUGUUCAUAUCGUAAAAGUAAUAGGCCAUAACACUGUCUAUUCAUUGUUUGUGGUUUUAUCCAUUUUUCCUUAUAUACACAUACUCAAGAAUAUAUCAUUUUAUAUCAAUCAACACGUUUAUUUUGUGCGUGUGGUCAAUCUGGUCUUAGAUUGAUUCAAUUUCACGAGGAAGAAUAUGUAUAACCAACACUAAUGUUAUCAUAGGACAUGUUAUGUUCCUUAUGAUCUGAUUGAGAUGGGUAUUUGUUUGUCAUCCAUUUUUGGUAUUUGCUUGUUUGCUUACUUCCAGAAAGAUGCACCCUUUCAUAUAGUUUAAGGGGUACUUGCUCAUACUUUAUUACUCCCUUUUAAAUGAAGAUAUUGGGGCACGAAGUUCCUUUUAUUCUAAACAUCUUAGUUUUUUAUUGACUUUCCCCAAUCAAUUCAAUUCAUUUUCCCCUUUUCAACGUUUUGGAUGAUUCUACUACAGUAUGACUCCUAUAUCUUUGCACUAUACCGUAUCUUUUUCACGAAACAGACUAAGGGAGGUUUUCAGGAAUCGAACUAAUUAAAACAAAAAAACGUCUACAGGUUUCACUCAGUCUAAAGAAAACCAAGAUGCGCCGCAUUUGGCACAAUGCACGAACCCUCUGGCAUCCUAUCUCUUUAGACAGCUACAGGACGAAAUCGACGAGCUCCAGGUUUCCGAGGGGGUACCGCCUUUAGCCCCCAAAGGGGCUUCUGAUAGUCCGAGCUGCGGGAGGUUUCUGCUGGAGCAGGGUGCGGCCAAAGGAGGGUGGCAGACUGGGCACCGCUCCCUUUGCCCCAACGCAGCCGCUACGCUGCCGUCGCGGCAGCAACGAGUGGACCUCUUCCACUACCAUGAGGCGCUCACAUGCGCUUAUGAUUUCGUUGAUGUGCUGGAGAGCCAAUUAGAGGUGGCACUGCAGUGUCGGAUGGCUUCGCGUAUGGCUAUGAAAGCUCUAGAGAAACUUAUUUUACUCGUAGCCCCAAGUGAAAAAAACGUGGGUUGAAUAUGUGCACACAUUUUUUCUCAAUAUAUGGAAUACUCUAUCCCUGCUAUAACACAAUGCUAGAAAAA